UCAAUUUGUUUUGUUCUACGACAGACGAGUAUUAUUGUAGAAAUUGUGUGUUGGGUAUUUUUUUGUAGCUUGUGUUUCUGUGAGCUGUGUGGCAUUAGUGCAUUGCUGUAUUGUCCUGUGCUCUGUGCUUGGAUCUCUAUACUCAGUGCUCUGUGUAGCACGGUGUGCUGUGCAGUGCCUGAGAAAUUAGGAUCUUUUGUCGGUUGUUUGGCUCUACCUCAGUAUUCACCUGUUUUGCAACAAACCCGCUGAAGAAAAAAAACAGAGAAUGAGCGAUCUGCAAGAGGAAGGUAAAAAUGCCAUCAACGCCCCCAUGUCCCCAACGUCAAGAGAAGUUCACCCAGAGGACACCAUGCUCGAGGAGAAUGAAGAACGCACGAUGAUUGAUCCCUCAUCCAAGGAAGAGGCCAAAUUCAAAGAGCUUGUGAAGGUUCUCAUUGACUGGAUCAAUGACGUGCUUGUGGAGGAGAGAAUCAUUGUCAAGACUCUGGAAGAUGAUCUCUAUGACGGGCAGGUUCUGCAGAAGCUGCUGGAGAAACUCUCAAAUCAUAAGCUGAAUGUGGCUGAAGUGACGCAGUCAGAAAUUGGACAGAAGCAGAAGCUCCACACAGUGUUGGAGUAUGUGAACACUCUGCUUCGCCCUCAAGGCUGGGCUAUUAAAUGGAGUGUGGAUUUGAUCCAUGGCAAAAACAUGGUGGCCAUCCUUCACCUCCUGGUAGCCCUGGCAAUGCACUUCCGAUCCCGUGUGAGGCUUCCGGAACACGUGUCAGUGCAGGUGCUGGUCGUGCGGAAACGGGAAGGGAUGCUCCAUACGUCUCACAUUACAGAGGAGCUCACCAGCACAACAGAGUUGAUGAUGGGGAGGUUUGAACGAGAUGCGUUUGAUACACUGUUCGACCAUGCGCCUGACAAACUCAGCGUUGUGAAGAAGUCGCUCAUCACAUUUGUGAACAAACAUCUAAACAAGCUGAACUUGGAGGUGACUGAGCUGGAGACGCAGUUUGCAGAUGGUGUGUACCUUGUGCUGCUUAUGGGGCUUCUGGAAAAUUACUUUGUUCCUCUGCACAACUUCUACCUCACACCGGAAAGCUUUGACCAGAAGGUCCACAACGUGUCACUGGCUUUCGAGCUGAUGCAGGACGGGGGCCUCAAAAAGCCUAAAGCUCGGCCGGAGGACGUGGUGAGCCUGGAUCUGAAGUCCACACUGCGAGUCCUGUACAACCUGUUCACCAAAUACAAGAAUGUGGAGUAACGGUGCUCGCAGUCGCCGAGGGCCAGCACUGCAGGGGAAUCCUUGCUGCUCACCGGGCCCGUUUGGGGUUGGGGGGGGGCGGUUAAGAUGUGAGACUGUCGUUGGAAUCAGCGAGUGCUAUGCUAUUUCCUACCCAUUGGGGGACAUGGAUUCCCUUUGUAUCAGGGUAAUAUUCAUAUAUUUGCCAAACUUUUCCAGCAAACCACACACAGUCACUCCCACUUUAUAGUAAAUCCUGUGAAGAGUUUGAGACAUCUAGAUGAUGUGAUAAGGUGCUGUAUUAAAUGCAAGAUUAUUAUUAUUAGCUUCCUGGUAAAGCUUUGACUGGCAGCAGCAUGGCCCAUGUCAAUCAGCAGACGUGCCAAUGGCUCAUGCACUUGCCUUGUUCCAUUUUUGUUGUUGCCUGCCCUGUCAGCUACCUCUUCAUUUGGGUGAGGGUAGAGCGCUUUUAUGUUUUGUUGUUAACCUUUAGGGGCGUAAGGAGCCUUCCCCAGCUCUGUGUUGGGCAGCAAGAGUAGGCUUUAACUGUCUCUGAAUGUCUGAUUCACACAGCCAGAGAUUGCAGUCAGAGAGGGACACCUUGUGACAGAACUGUGGUGCUACGAGAGUUAAAUAUUCAUUACAUGCCCUGUCAGUGUUUGAUGCUUAUCAACCUCACUAGUCCCCAAAGGGUUAAGGGCAAACUGCAGCCAAUUGAUCUGCUGGGUGAUUGGCCCCAUCUCCUUAGUGGCUGUCACCAACCGGAUUAACCUGCCCUACUUUAAGCCCGAGGUUGAAUCUGUUUCACUUCCUUUCCCGAUACUCCAGCGUUGUUCACUCUGACAAUGGGGCCGCACUGCACCUGUGAGCAGCCACUGAGGUUAUGGCGCUGGUAAACUCAUUCCUCUCCCCUCGGCUGUCAGAGUCUGCCACUGGCUUCCUCACACCACCCAGCUUGGCGUGAUUUCCCUCGUCCCCUAAGUAUUCCACAUCACACUGUCACCACCUGUCAUCAUCAGACCGUAAGGUACUAACUUUGAUCAGCUUUAGUUUUGAUUGACUCCUCACUCACCUGUGGUAAUCUCACCUCUACAGUUAGAACGAUAACAGCUGUUUCCGAAUGUUAAUGUGUUAUCAGCCACAGUGCCUGUCUGAAGCCGCUGCACGAGCAGGCUAGUUUACUUGAAAUGUUUUGUUUAAAGCCUAUAUUUGAAUGGUAUAUUCUUCCUUCACGAUGUUUACAGCAGUAUCGUCACUGGAGUGUUUAACACACACAUAUACUUGAUAUACUUGAAGUAUCUGCAUUGAUCUGCACACCUGCCUUUUAGCAAACUGUGAACGCCUAAUAGCGAACCCCGUGAUGUGGUUUGUGUGGAUUUAUUUAUCUUCCUGUCUGUGGAUGCUUGUCUGAGUGAGGUACAGUAGUUUCUGGCUGCUCACCAGCAAUUGCCCACUGUAGUGUUGAGCCUCACCAGAGACUCCUGUUGUGCAGACAAACCUGCGCAAAACCUAUGGUGUGUGAGAAGGUUGAUUGAUUGGUCACCAUUCAUAACAUGGGUUGUGAAUGGGUCGUCGGGUACAGUCAAGUCCUGCACAAGACUUGACUAUACCCGACCAGUGAGGCACUCGUUCACUACAUGCUCAAACACUGGGAUUCAUUAUGCCCGGGCCUUUGGUUUGGGUUUGGCUUUCCUGUACAAUGUGACUGGUUAUCAGAUUGAGUGGCCAGUAUACACUGGAUGAGUAAUCAGGUUGGCUGGUUAUAGAUGGAUGGAUUGAUUGGGAUGUCUGGUUGAAUAUAGUACUACAUAAAUUGAUACUGUGCCACUUAACAUUCACUCCGUGUACCUGUACACAGAUGUAACAGAAAUCAGCGAGACACACAGAUUAAACACUGCACCAGAGAGAACAGCAAGGCUCUAGGGAAUAUUACACUGGUAACUGAAGUGACUGAUCGCCUUGUCAGGCUAGCAGGAUCAGUAACUGUUUUCUCAUUGGGUGAGUGCUCUGAGUGAAGUUGAUGAGGGUAUUUUUUAACAAGCUGAGAACAGGAUCACACUCAACGGAGCUUACAGUAUUGUAGAAAAGGCCAGACUGUCCAUGUUGAGCUGUGUUCUGAAGGUGGGAGUCAUCCGCUGUGAAUCCACCCAGUGAAUUUUGCGUGACUGGAGGCUCCCACAGGCAGUGUAAGAAUGGGCACCCCUGAGAGAGUGAUGCCCUUCAAUUCACAGAAACUAAACAGAAAGCCAAAAAAGCUUCUAUCCUGCUUCACAGAAUCUCGCCAUUUAGAGCAAAGGCAUGAGUUACUCACCUGCAAAAUCUUUUCAGUACCAUGCUCAUCACUGGAGCAACACAGCAAAUAUCACCGAUGUCUGAACUUUGUGAUCAACGAUUGUCUCAUGUUCUGGUAUCACAACUUUCUUCCUUCCUGGCCUUUGACCAGGAUGGUUCAAUGGACGCUUGAUAUCAGUAGCCUCUGUACGUUAGAGCCCAAUGGUGUUAAUAGGAAUUACAUUUCCUUCAAGUGUUAAAUUCAUGUUUCCAAUGUACUUACUGUAAGUUGUCUCCAAUGUGGAGCGUUGAUUGUGGACUGGACUGUGUGUUUUUGGGAUUGGGGGAAUCAGUAGAAAAGGACCCCCACUCAGGCCUUUCUUUGUAUGUGCAUGGUACUGUCAGCUGCCGUUUGACAUUUACUAACUAUUUAUUUUAAUAAAUGUCCACUGGUGACCAGA